AUGGUGAAGGGCGCAGAAACAAACCGGGAAGGAAAAGGUGAGGCGGACUGCCGCCCUUUCACAAAGCUUUCUUUGACGGCGCAGUAUGAACGGAUGCAGCGUGAGUUUGCACUCCUGCAGCGUCACGAGGAUCCAGGAAGUAUAAGCUUCGACACCUCGCGUAAAAACAUGUCUAAAAAUCGUUAUUUAGACAUCUUGGCCAAUGAGGCUACUCUUUACCCGAAGUCCAUCGACUCGACCCAAACGCCGUCUUCAUACUACAUCAACGGCAACCUCAUUGACCUUGGUCUGCCCCAUAAGUUUGUGGCUUGUCAAGCGCCAGUGGAUAAGGGGAUACCGGAUUUUUUAUCGAUCAUCUAUGAGAAGAAAAUAAACCUUGUUGUCAUGAUCACAAAACUGAGUGAGGGAGGGAUUACAAAGGCGAAUCGCUACUGGCCGGGGGAAAAUGGGGCAUCAUCCGUGAUCAUUCCAGGCGCUUCUGAAUUAACGAUUACAAGGGAACCAGGAGAGGUGUACGGGGCGGAGCAGGAGUUGCAGCUCACGCGGCGUUACCUGACUUUUCAGCGGCCCAAUGAGCCACCCCAUAAGUUGUUACACGUGCAGUACACCGGAUGGCCAGAUCACGGGGUACCACAAUCUGCCGCAGCCUUGGAAGCGCUUCUGGCCAUUGUAAAUGCGUCCCCUACGACAGUCCCUGUGAUUGUUCAUUGCAGUGCAGGUAUUGGGCGAACAGGAACACUGAUUGGCGCCUACGGUGUGUUGGCCCACCUGGAACGGGGAACGUUGACCGACACCACGGUGUAUGACGUUGUAUCAACGAUGCGGCGACAGCGCUCUGGAAUGGUGCAGCGGGUGGAGCAGUAUUUUGUUAUUUACAUUACUUUGAUGACUCGACUUGGAUUUGACGUCAGUGCACUUGUCGCUCUGUUGAAUAACAAGGUCGCAACUGCGGCGUUGACAGCCGCAGGGAGGAAGUCACAGAGAUAA